AUCGGAUCUUCCUCGUCCCGAGAUACCGACGCGCACUAGAGACGAGCUUGAAAACUUGGGGCUUCAUACGUCAAUCCAGCAGGUCGACUUCCUCCGUUAUCGCGAUGAUGCGUUAUAUGCCAGGAUUUGUACAGCAGUUUCUGUCCGCAACAUGGCUCUUAUGUUUCCAAGUAAACCCACCUAUGGUGUUGCCGGGCGAAUGUGAUUGCACUGCGGUGCUUAUGACGCACACUUUCGCUUUUAGCUAUGGUCAUCCAUUUGUCGGCAUAUAUCAGCCACCUGACUGCGAAUAUAAUGCCGUGGCGUUCAACUUAACCGUCACAUCGGCUGGACGGCAGUUUGAUCGACUGGGAGCGGCGUAUUUCGGGAAUACUGAAAUAUUUCGAACGUCCACAGCGGAACCGACGCAGGCAGGCAUCCUAUGGACUUACAUGAAAGAUAUGACGCCCUACCUAUCCUUGUUCAAACAGCCCCAGACCCUUACCUUCGACUUGGGGAACCUCGUGGAUGAGACAUAUACCGGGACUUUCAAUACGACUCUUGCCGCCAUCUUCUACAAUCGUGCGAACGUGGACCCUCCUGCAGAUGUUAUCAUUCCCGUUUCUGGGAAGGGAGCGACCUGGAAAAAUCCCGGCUCACUCCAUGCAGAUGACUUCAAUGUUACCAGCUCUUUGACGUUGCCAAGGAAUAUUAAGAAAGCAAUAUUCUCAAUAUCUGCGGUCGGCCAAAUGGAAGAAGAGUUCUGGUGGGCCAAUACACUCGAUUCAAAUACGGGGACCUUUCCGGACGUGGGCCGUUUAUACGGCAGCUCCCCAUUCCGUGAACUGCAGCUACAGAUUGACGGUGUCUUAGCAGGCGUAUCGUCUCCAUUCCCUAUCAUAUUCACAGGAGGCAUCGCACCAGGUUUUUGGAGGCCGAUUGUCGGUAUUGAUGCAUUUGACUUGCAAGAAGAUGAGAUUGAUAUCACUCCUUGGCUUGGAACACUGUGCGACGGACAACCGCACGAUUUUGGACUCAAAGUCAUAGGGAUCUCGGACGAUGGCAAUGGAACAGCGACCAUUACCGACAAACUCGGAUCAUACUGGGUCCUCUCCGGAAAGAUCUUCUUGUGGCUGGAUGUCGAGGGCUCGAUAACAACAGGAAUGUCUCCGAGGAUAUUCCAACGUUCUCCCCAGAUGUCGGUAUCAUCUAAACUGGGAAAAGACUCGAACGGGACAAACACUACCCUUGAUUAUCAUGUCGAAGUCCACCGAUAUAUCUCAAGUGCAGCAACCAUCUCCACAUCAGAAGGCGAGCGGAUCGCAUCCUGGGAGCAGUCGCUCCAUUUUUCGACCACUGGCAAUUUUUCCGAUCAUGGUUGCGCUCAAAUCACAAAGCAGAUCAGCUGGGGGUACGAGAAGUCAUCUAACGGCUAUUCACGCUCGUUUUCUUACCCACUUUGGGUAGACUCCGAUUACCACGUUGAUCAGGGAAGCGGAAGUCUCACCAUCCAAGCGAAAUUGGACCGUACAAAGCAUGUAUCCAUUUCCGGACACGGUAUCUUUUCGAACGGAGCACGAUCUUUAGUUCCUGAGGCAUCAAAAGAAGUCAUGGGAUACGGGAAUUUCCCCAGAACAGUUCUAUACUCGAGACAGAAUGGCUCAGCAUCCUAUCGUUCGGACCCAGCUGAAUCACGAUCCUUCAGCAACGGUGCUACAGAACACCAACUACGAUUCACUGCCGAGACGUUAUACGAGCGGCAUGUAUUGGCAGUAAAUGGCUCGAUUGUCUUCGACUAUGGCCAUAUCCACGAGGGCGACUUGGAUUCUAUUAGUGACGCACACGAGAAGCGAUGGGCGAGCAGCGAAGAUGGGUUGUUCUUUGCGGGCAGAAGCCCUCAACGCUUACUCGGACGAGGUCCUUCUGAUCCGUAG